CGAAGACACGGCUCAGUUUAUUUCCAACUGUCGAUUCUAGCGAAAGCGAAAUCCGCUUCUGUUCGAACGAAAGUCUCCCUUCUCGAAAACGCAGUGGCGAUUUUUUUGUCCCAUUUUUUUUUUUGCGAAUCUCAGUGUGCAGAAGCCGAUCGCGAGUUCGUUCAGUGAGAGUUUCCGAGUCUCCCCCCGAGUGAGUGAAAUGUGAAAAACGGGUAAGAAUUUUCCUCGCAGUUUUCCCAGCUUCUCUGGGUGGUGGAAGACACGACGACAGUCUGUCAGUUAGUCUCGCGGCGAACGGAGUGCGGAGUCAAAGUGAAUACGGAAUGAGAGAGUGAAGCCGAAGCCAAAGAAGCACCGCGCAUCAAACCAAAUGAAUUUAUAGAUGUAUUUUUUGUCUGUUACCAAAUAUUCGAAAAGUAAGAGUUAUUAGAUAUGAAUAGUGUUGUUAUUAUCAGUUUAUGGAUAUUAUUACUGUUUAACAAAGUUUUAUGUCAAGAUGAGACGGUAUCAGUUUUAAGGAGCGAAAAGGUAGAGCUGACAUGCCUGAUCGAUAUCGCAACCUGCGGCGAGUUGCACUCGCUGAAGUGGUUCAAGGGCACCGAUCGCAUCGCGGUCGUCUCCGGUGACGGCGAGGUGGCCAAGGUCGAGGGCAGCUACAACGACCGCCUCUAUCUGGACCACGAGGCCCAGAGGAGCCGGCUCAUCUUUAAGAACGUGGAAAUCUCUGACGAAGAUACAUAUCUGUGUGAAACCACAUUUUUAGAGCCCUCCGAGUUGUGUGAAAACUCGGGAGCGUAUAGUAUAGCACUCAAUGUUUACGCCAUUCCCUCUGUAAUAGCACUUCAGGAUGGCAAUAGGAAUAGUAUUAAAAACGGUUCCCACAUCGGCCCAAUGCGGGAAGGUCAGGAUCUGCAGGUAGUGUGCGAAGUAUACGGCGCCCGUCCAGCACCUGUGAUAAGUUGGCACCGGUCGGGAGGUGUCGUUAGAGAUACACAAACAUCGGAGAACCAUGACGGACUGUUUACCGUCAAGUCAACGUUAUCACUCACGCUGUCACGCCAAGAGCUGGGGGCAACAUACAAUUGUCGGGUCGAAAUGAAAGAGCUACUGUUGGUUGUUGAUAAUAAUUUUCAUAUCGAUUUACAAGUGAGACCUACGAAGAUAAAUUUAUCCGGUGUCAAACAUCAUACGGUACAAGGUACCAAAGUUUUACUCCAGUGUCAGGUGAGUGGCGCUAGGCCGGCUGCCAACAUGACAUGGUACAACUCAUCCAAGCUGAUAUCGGACGAAACGAACGAGAUCACCAGCACCAGCACCAAGACGUACCUUCAAAAUGACGGCACGUUCGAGACCAUCAGCCAGAUGAUUUUCACUGCAACUCGCUUCGAAAACGGCGCAUCGAUGCGCUGCGAGGCGGACAACAUCGUGAUGCGUGAGGACGGAGAUCGACCACUGCAUGAUACGCUGACGCUUGAGGUUAUGUAUCCACCGGUGGUCUCGGUCAAGCCGGACAAUAUCACGGUGAACGAAACGCACGACUUUCUCGUCUUCUGCGACUACGAGGCGAACCCCGCGUCGCUCGAGAGCGUCAAGUGGUUCCGGAACGGGCAGGAAAUCAAGCUGAACAAUGUGCGCCACGAGGGAGGCACCCCGGAGCAGACGGCGCUACUCAUCAGGAACUCGUCCCGCACCGACAACGGCGCAUACACCUGCGAGCUCUCCAACUCCAUUGGGUCCGACGUGUCCGAUAACGAGAUUUAUGUCGAUGUGUUGUACAAACCCAUCGUAGUGCUGAACAUGGAACCGGACACGCCAGUGAUCGAAAACGACCAGGCAAAUAUUACGCUGUUGUGCAACAUCAUCGAUGGCAAUCCGCUGAUUCUGACCAAAGUUCGCUGGUUCUUGGAUGGUGAAUUUUUGAAGGAGCUCCCGGAGUGUGACGACGACAGCCAGGGUGACGAAAAUCUCUGCGAAGUGGAUCCGACAAAAAUGUUGCUGCAGAACGUGGGUCGUGAGUUCAUCGGGAAUUAUUCCUGCGAGGGAUUCAACGUUGCUGGCUGGGGUGACAACAGUGAGGAGAACCCACUCGACAUAUACUACGAGCCGGGUAAUGCUUCGAUGACCCACUAUCCGUACAUUGCCAUCAAGCGGCGGAGUGUCACCUUCAAUUGCUCAAUCGAAGAUCGAGGAAAUCCGGUUGCUACGCGGUAUCGUUGGCUUCGGGGGGGAAAGCCAGUGAUGGAUGUUGUGACACCAUCGUGGACAGUGGAUCCUGUCGGAUUGGAUUCGAGAACUACGUUCUCGUGCUUUGCCUACAAUGAGGGUGGAGAGGGUAACGCAGCUGAGGUACACCUUGAGGUCCAUGCUCCCCCGGCUUUUGUCCAGAAAUUACAUCCAUAUGUUGGCGCACUUUAUUCAACCUCCAACAUUUCGUUAGCCUGUCGGGUGGAAUGCGUUCCCUCGUGUACGAUAUCUUGGUUCAAGGAUGGCGUAGGAAUUGAGGAAAAUGAUGAGAGGUAUUACAUUACGAAUACCUAUAUGCCUGCGGAACCGGCUACCGGAGACUUCGAAAGUGCUUAUUCAGUGUUGCAUUUCAAUAUGUCCGCCUGGCCGGACGGCAUCCUGGACCGCAUUCGCGAUAGUUCCAAUUACUCCUGCGUAUCAUCGAACAACUCGGCGGGGCCCGGAGUUCGAAGCACAACAUAUUUCGGCGUUGAGUACCCUCCGGAAAACACAUCCCUCUCCACGCCGCUCAUUUCGGUCGAGGAAGGCAAGAUUCCGCCACGGAUCGUGUGCUCCUCGCGGGCCUAUCCCGAGCCGGCAUUCUUCUGGACCCGGAAUGGAGAAACCAUCGCGAAGGGCAGCUCGCUGAUCGUGAACCACGUGAUGGAACGGGACGACGCGGGUGUUUACACGUGUAACGCGUUCAACAGGCACGGCAAUCAUUCCACCGAUGCCGUCAUCGAUAUACACUAUAAGCCCACGUGUACGAUUGUGCGCCAGGAGGUGAACGACGAGGACGUUCUGAUCUGCACGGCGAACGGCAGCCCCAAGGAGUCGGAAUUCGAGUGGAGUCUCAAGUACGAAAAUGACACGCUGCAGAAUCACAAGACGCGCGGGGAUGCCUACGAGAGCACUCUGGUGCUCGAUAGCGACGUCUCGGCGAUGCGUACAUACGUGUGUGUGGCGAGCAACAGCGUCGGCGUCGGGACGCCCUGCGAGAUCGAGGUGGCAGGAUAUGUUGCGUGGUGGCUCAAAGGGGACAUCCUGACGCCAUACAUUUUGAUAGCUGCCGUUGCCGCCCUGCUGCUGGCAGUGAUACUCAUUUGCGUUAUCAUCAUUUGCAUUUGCCGACGCAAGAGAAGGCAGAACAAAUCCUCCAUCCACAUCGAGGAGAUCGAAGACGCGGAGUUUGCCUUCAUGAAGAACCAAAGGUCCCCAAAAGUGGAGCCCGACGCGUCAGAAAAUAUUCAACAGUACGACAAGACUGUGCGAUGGCGAAUUCGCCGGUUCUUCGAGAAGCGAAACAGUAUCGAUCUGUUGAAGCUGUCCACACAGAAUGUUAUUACUUAUGUUAAAAAGCCGCAAGUUGCGUCCACGCCCACCACCAAAGAACCCCAGCAAACAGGCGAUGAUAGAAAUGAGAAUGUACCGUCAACUAGUGCAGAUGUAGUAGUUACUGGAGAAUCUUCCACUGCUGGAGGAUCCCAAAUCGAACCAGGAGAAUAUGAGAAUCUUCCCUUCCACGGUCUUCAAACUCCUCCUAAGAAGCCCAUACUAGCAAAGAACCUUGCACCGGCCGUUAAAUGUCCUAACAAAUCGAUAACCCCCUCGUGUUUCCCGACUCAUCCGUACAACUACAUAAGCUAUCAACAGCGUGACAUCAACAGUACCAACAAGCAAUCAAACUCAGGCCUAUCAUCCUAUAACACAAGCCAGUCAACCAUGCUAACUAACCAAAGCAAUAUGUCCUCGCUGUCAAACAGCCAGGAGUCAUCCGGUAACACUAAUUCCUAUCUAAGCAAAACCGCUGAGCGGAGGAAAGCGCCUCAGAUGCUAGACAACAGUGAUGCCCUCUCGACGCACAGUUUCUCAUCGGGUAAGCUAAAGCGGCCACCAGGUCCUAUCGGGAGCAGCGGAGAGAACAAAAAACUGAUCGAUCUGGAAACGGUAACCCCGUUGUACGAGAACCUAACCGACUCGAUCCAGAUCCACGAGUCACCCAUUGGGAACGGCGGAAAUGGCGGUAUUGGAGCCAAGUUUGCCAUCGAUGAUGGUCAGGAGCGGUACCGGAUUAGCCUCCGGAAGCCCCGGAGGGCGAACAGCCGCUCGAACAGCGCCGUUUCGAACAGUUAUUACGAUUGUAUCAAACCAAUUCCGGCGCCCCGCCAUCGGAAGUACGCUUCCACCAACUCGCUGCUCUCCAAGAACAUCCAAAUGUACAGCAAUCGGCUGGAUCCGAUCUACAUGAAUCUGCCCGUUAGCUCCGGCUAUGAGACGGAUCCCCGAGCGAACGAGGAACGCAACUCGGGCAGUGAGCUUUGGCGCUCGUCAGCUUUCGCCGCAGCAACUCAAACGAUUGUAACUAACGAAGCUUUCCGAUUAACCCAGUGUCCCUCCGCGUACGACAACCAGUACUUCGAGAUCACCCAGCACCAGACGCGUAUCCUGAUUCCGAAAGAGCUCUUUCCCGUAGAUAGAAGCAACCAAGCCAAGAUAAAUCAAUUACUGAAGAAGAAUCUCAUCUCAUCCAAUCGCCGUCACAUUAAACUGCCUUUACAAAAACAUCAUAGCUUUAAUUUCCAAUCCUCCCAAACUGUGGAAGCGACGGUUCGCGAUCUGAAGAUCAAAUCUCACUCGAUCAGUUCGAAAACGCUAAGAGAUUACCGCAGCGGCGGUAGCAAUACUAACACUAUUAAUAAUAACAGCGGAAGCAUCAUCAACAGCAAUGUCAACAGCAGUAGCACCAAUAGCAGCAAUAACAUUAACAACAACAACAACAACAACAACAACAAUAGCAACAGCAGCAGCAGCAGCAAUUUUAUCAGUAGCAAUAGCAACAACGGCAAGUUCCCGAUUAGUUCCACCAAUCCGUUCCAUAGCAAUAGCAACAGUCUCACUGGGGGCAGCAGUAGUCGACGCUCGUUUGCGGCGGCCCGUCAGCAAACGACCCAGGCCACCGCAACCCUCGCAACGGUACGCCAGCAUCACGGUCACUCCCAGAGCGAGGAUGAAAGCAGUAGCGAUCAGGAGAGCAAUUAUCGUAAGCAGCAGCUGCAGCAGCAGCAGCAGCAACAGCAUCAACACCAUCAUCAUCAGCAACAGCAAUUGAAACAACAUUCCAGCAACUUAGUAGGAGGACCCAUGACCAUGAAUUCCGCCACAACCGCCACGGUCUACAAGUACGAAACCAACUCGAUAGCCUUCAAACCUAUCACUCCUGUGCCAACGAGUACUCCAGCAAUAACUAACUCUAAAUCAUCGGUUAAUAAUAUGUGUAAAGAUAAAUUUGCAAUUAAAUAAUAAUAAAUGCAGAAACUCUCUCACACACACACACUCAUACACACAAAACAGGAUCUGUACGGAAUAGUAUGUAACUGACAAACAACUGA